ACUCGUACAGUUUGUUGAAUGAGUACAAACAAACUUCUUUUGAGUUAAGGCUUGAAGGCGCUAAUGAAUGGCUUGGCUCAUUUACUACUUUGUUCUAAAUAGCUUUGCACUUCACAGUAUGUAUCAUUUACCAAGUUCACAAUCAUUCAAAAUAGGUCUUUUGCAAAGUCAAAGAAAACAUAAACAAAUAGGUGACCAAACUACCAACCCUGUCAUUCACUAGCUGUGUGCAUGAAAGGUAGGUGAACCGCCUAAAUGUAAUAAACCUAUUCAGUUCAACCUCCACUAACAACUUCAUUCUCUCCAUCUAUUUAUAACCCAACACCGCUUCUCUUUAUCAUUCAAAAUCAAAAAUCACAAUCAAUUUUAGGGUUACUUCAAAGAUGGCUAGCACCAGGCCAACCGAAGAUGAACGUGCAGGGGCAGAAGUUGUUUACGGCGCUGAAAAUUGCUACCGCCACUCUUUAGAACUUCUCGAAGAACUAGGGUUUCCCAAAGGUGUUCUUCCAUUGAAAGAUCUUGAAGAAUGUGGAAGAGUUAGAGAAACUGGAUAUGUGUGGAUGAAGCUAAAGGCUCCUUAUGAGCAUUUCUUUGCUGCAACCAAUACUAAAGUGAGUUAUGCUAUUGAAGUAACUGCUUAUAUAGAGAAGUUGAAAAUGAAAAAAAUGACUGGCAUUAAAAGCAAGCAACUGUUUUUGUGGGUACCAAUAAGUGAAAUGAGCAUGGAAGACCCAAAAAGCAACAAAAUAACUUUCAAGACUCCAAUGGGUAUAGGAAAGUCCUUUCCAAUCACAGCUUUCAUGGAUGAUGAGGAGAAGGAGAAAGCAAAAGCAAUUGAAGUGAGCUGUUGAUUUUUUUUUUUUUUAACAUCUAAGUUCUCUAUUUAUUGCAUUUUUGUCCUUUUACAAUGGCCUUUUUCUUAUCUUUAUUGUCAAAUAAACUGUCUCUACAAUUGCGAGAUUAUGAGUUUAUACUCCAGUUGGAGCCACACUAAAUUUAAAAAAAAAAAAAAAACUGCCGUUACUUUUAAA